AGAUAAUUCAAUUUAAAUAACAAACAGGGGAAUAAUCAUGCUUUGUAAUCACCUAUUGGAUCAAACAGUGAUUACAUCGCUCAGUAUGACGUGGUUAUCAAAGGGAUUCGCCGGAUGAAAUUUUAAAAAUUGACUUUGAUAAUACAAUACAUUAGUUGAUGAACGAUGUCAGUCUUUCGAAUUGUCAUACGGAUGUAUUGAGGUUAAGCAAAAUUGUUGCAAGUUUUUGGUAGGAAAGUCAAAUUAGAAAUGAAAAAUUUUGUUUGGGAAAUCGAAGAACUUAGUAGACCACAUGUACAUAUUAAAGAUAAAAAUGUAGUCAACCAAAAACUUAGUAGAUUAAUUGAAGAUGGAUUUAAAAAAUUGCAAGUUGUUUCAGAUUUCGAUAAAACCUUAACCAAACAACAUGAAAAUGGAAAACUCCAUCUAAGCAGUUUUGCUAUGUUCAGUACAUGUCCAUCUGUUACACAAGAGCACAAAGUAACAGCCGAUGAACUAAACAGAAAAUAUGCACCUUAUGAAGUAGAUCCCACGAUCCCUCAAGAUGUAAAAGUGCAACUUAUGAUUGAAUGGUGGACUAAAUCAGAAGAAAUCCUUAAAGGUUUAUCUGUAUCCAAGGAUGAGAUUGAAAGAGUUUGUGGAGAAUUAUGUCCUUCAUUAAGAGAUGGGACGAAAGAAUUGUUUGAAUCUUUAGAAGCAAAUAAUGUACCGAUUUUAGUUUUUUCUGCUGGGCUAGGGGAUACAGUAGUAGCAGUUCUUAAACAUUGUCAAGUUUAUCUAUCAAAUGUUGAGGUAGUAUCUAAUUUUUUGAAGUACAACAAUAAUGGUAUCAUUGAAGGAUUCCAAAAUCUGGUCAUUCACAUAUACAACAAAAAUGAGGUGGCCAUCAAAGGUACACACUUCUAUCACAGAAUAAUGGAUAAAGAGAAUGCUCUUUUGAUGGGUGAUUCCUUAGGAGAUGCCAGUAUGGUGGAUGGUAUGGAAAAUGUGAAAGAGGUUCUUAAAAUUGGAUUUUUAUAUGAAAGGAGUGAAGAAUCUUUGCCGAGUUAUAUGGAUACAUUUGAUAUAGUCUUGGUAGAUGAUCAGACAAUGGAUAUACCAAGGGCAAUAAUAGAUUUAAUUAAAUCAAAACAAAUACAAGGUGAUUGCAUCUAACAUUUUUAACAAAUACAUAAUUUAAAAAAAAAUCUUUUAUUUAUUUUAUUGACAUUUUUUCAUUGUUGCUAUAUUUGCUGUUGUUUAAAUAAAUCGUAUUCUUUGGUUUUUUUAAUUUAGAACUGAAUAUAUCUUUUUUUAAACCCUAUAUAUUAUACAAUGUGAAGGACAAUAAGUAUUUGGUGUGACUGUUAAAAGAAACAUACAACGAAUGUUUCCUAUAAACAUAUCCCUAUAUAAUCCCAACUAUUUUGGUUGAAUAAUACUGAUACUAAUUGUUUACCCCAUUUUAUUUAAUGUUUAUAAACUCCUGGACAAAAUUAAUUCACCAUUUCAAUUGAUGUAGAUAUUUACAAUAUAAACACAGUUACAAUGAAAUAAUAAUGAACACUUACAAAUUAGUCGAAUAUGAUAUUAACAUAACCUUAAUUUGCCUUAUUUUUUCCAUAAAAGUUUGUUUUUGCUGGAAAAGCUAUCAUACCUCCAAAAUGAAAAAAAAAAGAAG